UGAACCCUAUCCAGUGAACUUAUUGGGGCAAUUUGCUCAGUCUGUGAUUCUAAUUCUCAUCCUACCGCUCUCUUCACAAGACUCGCUUGAACUCUGGAGACAUGUGGUUGUCUGAUGCGCAAAAAAUUGGCGUGGCCCUCACGACCUUUGGAACACUAUUCAUGUUCCUUGGCGUCAUGAUGUUCUUCGAUGCUGCUUUGCUAGCACUAGGAAAUGUGUGUAGCCUUACCCGAAGCGGCCUCGGUCACAGCCAUUUCAUUACCGACGCUGCCGAAGGACCAGGGUGCGUUUCUUUCUUCUACUACCCAUUUCAUACUUCUACUAGUAUAUGCGAAUCCAAUACCGUAUUCCAUACAGUUCCGACCAGGUUCUACACAAAGCUUUGUCUCGUCGUCUGAAAUGCUAGGGCCACUCCUGAGCUAAAGUUUUGACUCGGAUCAAAGGUCGACAAAUGGUCUCCC